GCUUAUCACCGAUACAAAGUGCUAAUCAAGCUGAGAAAAACACCCUGCAUUGACCCUUAUUGACUGUAUAACAAAUCAAAGCCGAAAAUAACUCUCUCCUCAAUAAAUACACUGCCACAACUAAAAGAAACGGCAGGGUUUCUUUCUCAGUGGGGGCAAAACAGAGUUAUAAUCUAACCCAGUGUUUGCAGACUCAUUGAAAUAGUGUAAUAACCGCGGGGCGGGACUUCUUUAAGAGGUCAUAAACAGUGCCCCUUGACUCAACCAACGAACACCAAUGAAAAGUGCGCAUACAAGAAGGGACCGGGUAGAUUCGCCCACUGAGAUUGGGGUUUAUUCGGAAGUGGCUAUCCGCGCAGUUGCGCGGUUCCUGUAAUAGCACAGUGUUGAUGAGACUGAAAGAUUGCAAGAUGGAGCCGCAUUCCGUUAUCGAAGUCGGGGAGACCUGCCAGGGAAACGGGGGCGUGGAGCCGGGCAGGAUGGCGAGGAUCCCGGAGAGGCUCCAGAAGAGGGACCAGGAGAGGCAGGAGGAGCUGGAGAGGCGCAAAGAGGCGAAGGGGAGCAAGGAGGUAACGGAGGAAAAGAGCGACUUCUUCACCAGCACUUUCUCCAAGCAGAAGGCGGAUAUCGAGGACAUGCUGGCGAGCGGCGGUGAGGCGGUGCCCGGGUCGCUGGCAGGUCGGUUGGAGGAUAUCUCGGCUCGGAUCCAGCAGCUGCAAAAGUUUCUCAACGACAGCAUGGUGUUUCUGCCCCAGUACGAGCUGCGGCAGGCCCAGUCCGCCUUGCAGAAGCUCCAGAGCGACCUGGCAGAGAAGAGAGGCGAGCUGCUGCCGAAGAAGAAGUUUGCCUUCCGAUCGCGCAAUGUCGGGGCAAAUAUCAAAGAGACCCCCGAACCUAGGAAGGGGGGCAAGCAAGCAAGCACACCCAUUGAGUUGACAGACGCCUGUGCCACCGCGCCUCCAGUUAACAGCGAUGAUGUCAGCGCGCAGUGCGGCUUUUCCAACGUGAACUCGCAGGUUCUGAUCAAGAGGGCGGAAGAGAUUAGUCAGAGGGACGUGUUGCUCACACACCUGUCCAGCUGCACGGUGAAGCUGUUCGGAGCCCCGAGCACCCUCCAUAUCAAACACGUCAGGGACUCCACCAUACUGUGCGGGCCCGUUUCCAGCUCCGUCUUCAUCGACCACUGCUCGGGUUGCACCUUUGCGUUCCCGUGCCAGCAGCUGCGUACUCACAACACGACAGAUAGCCAGGCGUACCUGCACGUCACCAGCCGGGCCAUUGUAGAGGACUGCAGCGGGGUGCGAUUUGCACCCUUUAGCUGGAGCUACCCGGGCCUGGAGGAAGACUUCCAGGUGUCUGGCUUAGACAGGGAAAGAAAUAACUGGACUCAGGUGGACGAUUUCAACUGGCUGGUGAGUGACGCCCCUUCUCCCAACUGGAGUGUCAUUCCCGAGGAGGAGAGGAAAACUACCUGGGAUUAAAGUCAUGUGAAAGGGGUUGCAAUAAAACCUACUCGAAUUGCUUGUCUGCCUGGUUUCAGUAUCGGGCCCCACACCUGACAUGUAUUUCUGGAUGCCACAGAGUAACACGAACCUGUUCAGAUAACACUAUGUAACACAAUUUUUGUUCCUGGGUAGUAAGUGUUAUUUCCUAAUUGCUUAUGCCUCAAAAGU